CGACGAUUCUGUCGUUGUCUGUCCAGCCGCCCUUCAGCCUGAAGCGAGCUCGAGCAAGCACCCGACUCUGGCAAGGCCUGCAUCGACUCGAUCCAGCCACGAUGGCCGACGACGGCUUGAUGAUGAACUUUGUGUCCGCCCCGGCUCCGACGGGCUCGGGCGCAUCUUCUGCCUCCAUCAAGAAGAUUGCGGAUCAGAAGAAGGGCUCGUGGUCCAAGCGCCGAGCAGCGGCCAAGAAGACCAUCCGUCGCAUGACCAAGCAGCACCUGGGUGCCACCAAUGCCACCUCCAGCGAACACGACUCUGGAAUCGCCAGUCGGCCGGACCAUCCCGCCGCCCCAGCACCCUCGGCCACUGCCAAGGGCCCUCGCACCAAAUCAGCUUCCCAAAGGACAUCUGCCCCGCCCUCGAAACCGGCGGCCGCUGGCGAACAUGACGAGCCGUCGGCCUCAGCCUCAGCCAAGAAGCGCAACGUCGUCUCCUCGCUCUUCACAUCCAACCCAGAUAUCCCAAGUCUCCCGGCUCCCGAACCUGCACCGAAGCGCCAGGCCGAUCUGUUUGCCCCCACAAGUGGCUUCCAAGUCAAUGCGUCCGCCAAAACCUUUGCAGCGCUGAACUUGAAUCCCUUGCUAUGUGGGCAUGUAUUCGCCCGGAUGGACGUCAAGGUCCCAACCGCCAUCCAACGCGCUGCCCUGCCUGUUCUGAUGGACUCGAAUGAGCACGACGUUGUUGUUCAAGCGCAAACGGGCUCUGGCAAGACCCUGACGUAUCUCUUGCCGCUGAUCCACCGCAUGAUCAAGGCCGAGCAGGAAGAGGCCUCUGGCGCCCGUCUGAAUCGCCAGAUUGGAUGCCUCGCCAUGGUCCUCGCUCCAACACGUGAACUGGCCAAGCAGAUUUAUGGUGUGUUGGAUUCGCUGCUCAAGUAUUCGGCGUCGACCCUCAGCUAUGCUGCUGGCGAGAGUCCCGAGAACGCCGCCGAUGCUUCGGCAACACCGAAAUCGGCUUUCUAUCGCCAUUGGAUUGUCCCCGGUCUUGUCAUCGGCGGUGACAAGAAAAAAUCAGAAAAGGCGUGCCUUCGGAAGGGCGUCAACAUCCUCAUCUCGACCCCCGGGCGACUUCUGGACCACCUCAAGACCACAAAGUCGCUUCAAGUCGGCAAUCUUCGCUGGUUCGUCCUUGAUGAAGCCGAUCGUCUGAUGGAACUGGGAUUUGAGGACACGCUGAAGGAGAUUCUGUCGCUGAUCGAUCGCCAGCGGCUCGAAGCUGUGAAAAACAAGAAACGCCUCCGCAUCGACAUAUGGCCCUCCAAGCGCCAGGUUGUCCUCUGCUCCGCAACCAUCCGCGAGGGUAUCAAGAAGCUUGCCGAGCAGAGUCUGGAGAACCCUCUGUUUGUGAGCGAAACCGGGAUUGCGACGGCAGCCAAAAUCAAGCGUGUUUUCGAAGAAAUCGAGUCCGGCACGGUCUCGUUCAUGGACGAAGACGGAGAAGACGAUCUUCCUGGGACAGCGGCUGCUGCUGCCCGCGAGGCCCAGACCAUGGAACCAAAGAAGAAAAAGGCCAAGCCGUCGGUGGAUGUCGAGGAAGAAGGAAACGAUCUUACUGCCUCGGUCCCCAAACAGCUUCAGCAAAGGUACAUCGUCACGCCGGCCAAGCUUCGGCUCGUUGCACUCAUUUCCCAGCUGCGCCAAUUGGCACAAAGCCAAGACGUUUUCAAGAUCAUCGUGUUCAUUUCGUGCACCGAUUCGACCGACUUUCACCACCAUAUUAUCUCAAAUGGCCACAAGGCGCCGGCUCGUCACGAAGACGACGAUGCGGACGAAAACAGCGACGAGGAAGCCCUCCGCGAGUUUAUCGGGCGGAAGAACAAGAGGGGCCCCCGCGGAUCGACCCAAGCUCCCGAACCGGAUCCAGAGAUGGCGCCGCUGGCCCCAGGCACGCUCCAGACCGGCUCGCAGACCCCGCUCGUCCCCGACACGCUCCUCUUCAAGCUCCAUGGCAACUUGCCCCAGCCGGCACGCUCGGCAGCAUACAAGGGCUUUUGCGAUGCAAAGCGAGCCAUUCUCUUUUGCACAGAUGUUGCUGCCCGUGGCCUGGACUUGCCGGACGUCACAGCGAUCGUCCAAUACGACCCACCGGCGGAUAUCAAAGAUUACGUUCAUCGUAUCGGACGCACGGCACGCAUUGGCCGGGAGGGAGAAGCGAUAUUGUUUCUCCUGCCCAGUGAAAUCGAGUAUCUGGAUAUCCUCAAGAGCCACGAGCUGCUGCUUACCGAAGUGCGAGUGAUUGAUUCGCUGAGGUGUCUCCUCACGCUUGGCUCCCUCUUUGACAAGGAAUAUCCAAAGACAAAGGGCAAGGGAGACGGUGCUCCUGAGCCUUACGAGAUUGCUGCCACGGACGUGCAGAUGAUGAUCGAGCGGUUCAUACUGGCCAAUCGUCAGAGUGCCGAGCUUGCUCGUUUGGCGUUUCGUUCGCACGUGCGUGCCUAUUGCACGCAUGUCUCCUCAGAGCGACACAUCUUCCACAUCAAAAAGCUGCAUUUGGGCCAUAUUGCCAAAUGCUUCGGUCUGCGGGAAACGCCAACGGACCCCAUGGGCAACGCUCAAACCAAGAAGAAGGCCGCAGAGGCUCAGCAGGCCAAGAACUUCAAGGACUACAAAGACGGCAAGAAGGUCAAGGGAAGCAAGGCCAUCGGCGCAGGUGCCAUGAAGCAGAAAGCCUUUGCAGCUGUCCAGAGCAGCGUCAGCGAGUUUGGCGAUGGCGACGUCAAAAGCCUCGUCGGCGGGCUCACCAAACGCAAACGGCGAUAGUGUAGACGACUUCCCCGGUCGCCUCCCAGGGCAUAUUCAGCGCACGUUCAGCUCACGCGGUGGACGGCAUUAUAUUUCUGCAAAGGAUUUGAGAGAGCGUUUGCUCCGUAUGGUAGUGGAAACUCAAUACACAGUGAUGAUGAGACUCCAAGUAGAGU